GGCCGGGGGAUGCACAGCUUUUACGCUCUUUGGAGAAUGUAUGUUUAGUGCAAAAUUAAGGAACAGAAGAGGUGAAAUGUGUUGCGAGCGCAGAGACAAGAUCAGCAGCGGAGGAGGACCGUAAGGAAAUGCUUGGCUUGUUUUCUUUAGACAGUAGUCGAAUGGUAGUAUUUUUGUCAGAAAGCCUUUAUCAUGAGAAACGCUAUAGCUAUCAUCUGAAAAUUUGUCUUGGAUAUUGACCGAAACCUUUAUGAUCUGGUGAUCAGUAGUUCAAACAAAAAGGGGAUGGACAGAACGAAGUUAAUCUGUUAACCACAGACUGUUAAUGGUGCGGUAAUAGUCAUUUGUUUGGAGGUGCUUUAUCAUCAUGGUGGUUGAGAGGACACUUCUGGCAGCGAGGCAAGGGGAUGUGCAAACUCUAAAAGUGCAAUUGGCGGAGAAAGUACUCAACAGCGAUGUGAAAGACGUGCUGGGAGCGACUCCCGUACACCACGCCGCUCGGGCAGGAAAGCUCACCUGUCUGCGGUACUUGGUGGAAGAAGCGGGCUUGGCGGCGAACAGCCUCGCGAGAAAUGGCGCAAGUCCUGCGCACGACGCCGCAGCCACAGGCAACCUGCCCUGCUUACAGUGGCUAGUGACGCACGGAGGAUGUCGAGCGGCCGAUAAAGACAGCUCAGGAGCCACUGUCUUGCAUCUAGCUUCUCGCUUCAGCCAUCAUGAGAUCAUUGAUUGGUUGCUGAAGAGUGGGGAGGGGGAUCCUACUGUUGCCACGGAUACAGGGGCGCUGCCUGUUCACUAUGCUGCAGCUAAAGGGGACUUGCCCUCGCUCAGGCUGCUAUUGGAACACAGCCCAAACGUUGUUAAUUUCCAAACAAAGAAUGGUGCCACACCGCUAUACCUUGCAUGUCAGGAGGGUCACCUGGAAGCUGUCCAGUACCUUGUUAAGGACUGCGGGGCGGAGCCAAGGAUCAGAGCCAAUGACGGGAUGACACCACUGCACGCUGCUGCCCAGAUGGGACACAACACUGCCAUUGUCUGGCUGAUGAGUUUUACAGAGAUCAGUCUGUCUGAUAGAGAUAACGAUGGAGCCACUGCCAUGCACUUUGCCGCCAGCCGCGGCCAUGCCCAGGUCCUCAGCUGGCUCCUACUGCACGGUGGGGAGAUAGUGACUGACAGCUGGGGAGGGACGCCGCUGCAUGACGCCGCUGAGAACGGAGAGCUGGAAUGCUGUCAGAUUCUGGUGGUGAACGGAGUGGAUCUGGGCAUGCAAGACCAGGAUGGAUUCACAGCAGCAGACCUGGCAGAAUACAACGGGCAUCAACAGUGUGCCAAGUAUCUCCGCACAGUUGAAAACAUGAGUGUGGAACACAGAGUCUUGUCACGGGACCCUUCUACAGAUCUGGAGUAUAAGCAGCCUGACUCGGGCUUGUCCUCUCCCAAUGCCACCCUGCCCACCGCGGCCCCUCUGGUGGCCCACUUUGACAUCUGCUCGCCCUCCAGCUCGCUGUCCAAUUAUGACUCUGCAAACUCCAGCCAGUCCAGCACUGGAGAGAAGAGGAGUAGCACACCUCCCUCACGAACACCUACAGGAGCUGCUGAUUCGGCCAUCACAGACAUGCAGACGUAUAUGGACAUGUUGAAUCCUGACACUCAGAAUGCGACCGAACCUGCACACCUGCCACCACCUCCGACGUUUCCCCCACCCCCACCUCCAUCAAACUCCACCCACAUCUCACCUCCCCCACCCACAUACCCCCCACCCAAACCACCUGGCGAGGAGGCCUCCGCCGAGUACCUGAAGGUGAAGAGGAACCUUCGCAGAGUGGACAAUGACAUAGUAAAAAAAGAGCAGUUGAAUCCUGGGGAAAACCCUGACAGACUUCGGCGAGUUGACUCGAAUCGGAAAUCUCGUAGUUUCAGCAAGCAGCCCAGCACUGGGGAUUACUACAAGGCUCUGGGUAGCGAUACCACAGACCAGAGCCCCAACAGAGCCAUGGCACCCAACGAGGAGGGUUCUGCGCUGUUGGAGGAACCGGCAGACACAGCCCCUGCUCCUCAGAACAGCACAGGAACCGUAGACGAUCUACCCCUUCCUCCUCCUCCACCUCCUCCACCCGCCAGCAGCUCCAUCCCAACUCCACCUCCACCACCACCACUCCCCUCAGAGGUGCCGGCUCCUACCCGACCACCUCCCACAAACACCAACACCACACCGGCUCCCACCCAGCGCCGCAUGUCUGGCUCCUCCAACAGCAAUAAAUCCUUCAACAUGAUGUCCCCCACUGGAGAUAAUUCUGAGCUUCUGGCGGAAAUUAAAGCCGGGAAAAGUCUGAAGCCGACACCUCAAAGUAAAGGCUACACGACUGUCUUCUCAAACAGCAGCACAGCGGAGAACAAUGGGGAACGUCCAACAUCGCCACCACAGCCUCUGUCAAAACCACAACUCAACAACAACCAGUUCGCAAAGCCAGAUUCUCCACCGCCCAACAGCCCACCCACACCUCCCACUCCCACAGCCAGCGGUGGGUCGCCCCAGAGUCUGUCCACAUCACAAAGCAAUGAGCAGCUCACACCUGCUGUCAAUGGAAAUACUGCUCCAGUCCAGAACAAGUCCACUGUGGUGGACGUGGAGAGUCUAGUGCCCACCCAUGAUGAGCAGGGACGGCCCAUCCCAGAGUGGAAGAGACAGGUGAUGGUGAGGAAGUUACAGGUGAAGAUGCAGGAGGAGGAGGAGAACAAGAAAAAGGCUGAGAAAGAGGAGGCCCGACUGGCUUCCUUACCUGCCUGGAGGAGAGAUAUCAUGAAGAAAAAGUUGGAUGAAGAGAAGAUGGACAGGGAACAAAAAAGAAAAGAGGAGGAGCGGCGGCGAAUGGAGAAGGAGAACGAGGAGAAGUCGGAACUGGAGCGACUACGAACGCUAGGCUACGAUGAAACCAAGCUGGCACCGUGGCAACGGCAGAUCAUUUUAAAGAAAGGCGACAUAGCGAAACAGUAGAGUUCACUCUCCCAGUCAUUCUCAUUCACAUGUGCGCAACUCUCUGCUGACGUACAGAUGUAGGAUACUUCACGUUCACAAUCUGCCAGAACCUUUACACGGGUCACUAGGCAGCUUUCAGGUUGCUUGACCAUCAUCAUCAUCAUCAUCAUCAUCAUAAUCACUACCACUUCUUCAGAGCUCUGAUGAACAGAACAGUUAAUUGAAUGAAAAAGGUUGUUGUUGGGUCAUAUUCCUAUGAUACGUUAGCGUUCCUCAUAACAAUACGUCUGUAAGUUAUUUUGCAGAAAAUAGUUGUAACACGUCCCACCAGAUGUGUCUAAAUACUGUAGUAUUUUUAUAUCUAGAUAGAGAAUUUCUGUCAAUUAAACAACAUUUACUCUUUGCUUUUUCUUGGUACCUCAAUUGGACCCCACUACACACACACAAUGUGUAAAAACAAUGUUCUUUUCUCCAACUUUUUCAGAUAAUUGAUAUUUUUAAUGAGCCAAACAUAUUUCAAAAUCACAAGUCUCUUAAAAAUCGUAAUAAUCAGAAUCAGGUAUGUCAUAAUGAGCCACAAGGGUGGGCUGCUCCUAUCAGCUGCCUGGAAAAGAAAAUAAUAAUAAUAAUAAUAAUAAUUGCUGAUUUUUUCCCCCAGUCAUAAUAGGAUAACAGAAGCCAAUGUCUCAAAUAUUCAACUAAAUAUUAAAUAUUGUAUCUUAUGUUCUAGUCUAAUCUACAGGACAUGGCAGAGGAAAUAGUUUCUUAACGUGUCAUGAGAUGAUGUCAUUGUAUUCAACCAUGCUGUGAUCCCAGAAAUGAAGCUGUUCACAGAUAUUUUGGGAUAAAAAUACAUCACUAUUUUUAAGAAUUCUUUCUCUGCUUGGCAAUUGUAGAGUGUGUGCUAUUUUGUUAAUAUAUUUAGAGUAACUAGACCUCAGAAAAGUGCCGGAUUUGGAUCUGUAUGAAUGUGCAUGUGUGAGAGAGUUUAUGUAUGUGUGCACAGUCACAUGCAUAUACAUGUAAUUCGUCUGUCUUGUGUCAUUCCCUAUGCGAUGGGUAGAAUUUAUGUAUUGUGAUUGUUUUUUUUUUUUUUUUUUUUUUUUCUGUACAACUGUAAAAAUAACGUAAGUAUAAGAGAGAUGGAUGGUUCUUCUUCGGUUUGGAAACAUUCAUAUGCCAUAAUGAUGUUGAAAACAAAGAUGUGAAUGUCAUUGCCAUUUUCUAUUAAUAAAGACUCCAUAGUAGCACUGAUAACCCCUUACUCCCCUAUUAUGUUAUAUGAUGGUCACUUACAUGUUUUUUUUUUUUUUCUGGUUUCAGCCUGGCUUGUAUAGGCGGUCUUUAAUUAUACACUUUAAUUUUCUCAAUGGCAAAAUAAUUUAAUAAAAGUUUAAACAACA